UGAAACAAAUUUGUGCAUUUCAUUUGUGAUUAAAGUCUCAAUACAUGGGCGUGACCGAAAAAAUAGAGAAUCUCAAUACAAGGUGGACAAAUAAAAAAAAAAGUGAGAGACUGGCAAGUAAAAGAUCGAGACAUCUUAGUUAAAGAGUGAGCAACCUAAUUGACUUAUCUCAGCUGAAACUAACCUUUAAUUUAUAAUUUGAUAAAAAUAAAUAAACUUUCUAUAUCAUGUGACAAUUCUUCCUAGCAUAACCUGUGCUCAUUUCUUUUAUGUGUUGCCCAAUUUAAGCAAGUGUGGUCUAAGAAGCAAAAACUAAUGCUCCUAAUACCAGCCAUUUUUUCAACUACAAUUGCAUCACCUAGUCGUGGAAAUCGUGACCUGGAGACCACAAACAUGUUGCUUGCAAGUUGCAUUUGCAUGUAUAGGUAACAGUGUACCAUAAGCAAAGAACUCAAAUUUUGUUUCCUUUUACUCAACAACUAAUUGACAACAGUGUUUCACAUGACUUCAUUAUAUCAUUAUCAUGUCUUUGCUGAUUGCUACCUUGUAUAUACCAGAAUAUGCCAUCUUAAUGUUAGUUAAGGUCAACUAAACUUUGAAGUUAACUUAAACACAUUGGUAUUUCAAUCUUGUACUCAACAUUCAACAAUGCCCCUUAACGUGUUCUUUCAACCUAAUUUUUGUUAUAAUUGCCUCUAUAAAUGUUACGUACCCUUCACAAGGAAACAAAAUUAAAACAUAUAGUGUGAUUGAAAAAUAUUAGAUAUGGCGAGAUUGAAAGGUUUGAUGUUGUCUCUUCCAUUUGGAUUUGUGUUGUUUUUGUGUUCUACUUUCAGCAUAGUACCUGGUGUCAUUGGAUGGAGCAAAGAGGGUCAUGAGAUGACAUGUCUAAUUGCACAGGCACUUUUAAAGCCUGAGGCAUCAGAAGCAGUUCAUCAUUUGUUACCUCCCCAUGUCAAUGGUAACUUAUCAGCCUUAUGUGUAUGGCCUGAUCAAAUUAGGCACUGGUACAAAUAUAGAUGGACAAGUCCACUACAUUUCAUUGACACACCAGAUGAAAAAUGUGGUUUUCAAUAUUCAAGGGACUGCCUUGAGGACAUGUGUGUUGCAGGAGCUAUCAAAAAUUUCACUUCUCAACUUUCUCAUUACAAAGAGGGAACAUCUGAUCGUAGAUAUAAUAUGACCGAGGCAUUAUUGUUCUUGUCACACUUCAUGGGAGAUAUUCACCAGCCGAUGCACGUUGGAUUCACCUCAGACAAAGGUGGAAACACGAUUGAUCUACGCUGGUAUCGGCACAAAUCUAAUCUGCAUCAUGUGUGGGACAGAGAAAUUAUUCUCACAGCAUUAGCAGAUUACUAUGACAAAGAUGUGACACUCCUCCUCCAAGACAUUGAGAAAAACUAUACCAAUGGAAUCUGGUCAGAUGAUGUUGCUUCUUGGGAACAUUGCAAGGAUAUCUCUAGUUGUGUAAAUAAUUGGGCUAAAGAGAGCAUACAAAUAGCGUGCAAAUGGGGUUAUGAAGGAGUUAAAUCUGGAAUGACUCUAUCAGAAAAAUACUUUGACUCAAGGAUGCCAUAUGUCAUGAAGCGAAUUGCUCAAGGUGGAAUUCGAUUAGCCAUGAUUUUGAACCAAGUGUUUGGAGACUCUGAAGAAGGAUUUGUAGCAGCUACUUAAGCAAACUCAUCAACACAGUGACCAGAAAAUUAGUUGUUUGAAUUUGUCAAUAACCAUUGAUCAUAGGGUCUAACUCCAUUUCUUCUUAAUUGUUAAUGCCUGCUUGAUUUUUUGUUGCUCUCUCACCAAAUAUUGGUUGAUCAAAAGCAAAAAAUUGUUAGUACUUUCUCACUGUUAAGCUUGGAAACACAUGCAAAAAGCCUACUCAACAUAUGUAUAAAUAUUUUAUCAUCAGUUAUGACUUUGGUGUCCGUAAUUA